AUGCCUUUCCGACUGUUCCGCACACUUCUCAACAAUGAGAAGACUAUUCAGCAGGUAAGAUGGUUUCUUCGCAAAUUUUCCACAAAAAAGGUUUUAGCUCGCCGAAUCGGCUCCGAUUCGAGUUGCCGCGAAGGCGAUCGUGCGUGGAAUGCGACAAGUUGAGGAAAAAGUGGAAAAAAUCGAAGUGGGCAAGAAAUUGGACAAAUUCAAGGCGAUUUACGAGGAAGAAUAUCAGAAGGCGCUGAAAAAGUAG